AGCGGAAUGUUGUUUCUUUCAUUCCUUUUGAAGGUCGACACAUAGUCUCUGAACGAACUUUUACACUUAGAAAAUUUUUAAGAAAAAAAAUAGAUUCGUUAGUUGAUCACCGUGGAGAAGUUAGAGCUUGACUUUUUAAGUCAUGAAUGGCCAUGUGGAGAGUGGAGAAAUCAAUGGGUCGUCUGAGCCAGUCAUAAAAAAGUCCAAACCAAUGAUGAAAGAAAUCAAUAUUCUUGGAGAGAUGUCAAGUGGCAUGACCUCUCCUCCUCCAGUAAAUAAACUGCCAAAAAUACCAAAAUUAAAGUCACCCAAAAAAGAACCAACAUCACCAUUAAAGUCACCUUCAAAAGGAGCUAGUUCUCAUAAAACAAAAGAAGAACCAAUAAGUCCAAGAAAGAAAAACCUGUUAAGUAAUGGACUUGUGGAUGUCAAGAAAGAGGAAGCUAGUGACGAUGAUGUUCCACUAAGCAAAACAAAACAGGAGGUUACAGAUUCAACGGUCAAAGAGGAGAAACCUAGUCGAAAAAGAAAAGCAGAAGAUGAUGAUUUUAAAACUCAUAAAAGUAAAAAAAAGAAAAAGGACAAAAAGAAAUCAAAGGAUAAGAAGUCAAUCAAAGAGGAAAAAGGAGCCACAAAGAAGAAAGUGAAAAAAGAAGAGGAAGAAGUGUGGCGUUGGUGGGAAGAAGAACCACAUCCAGAAGGUAUCAAGUGGAAAACAUUGGAACACAAGGGACCGUGUUUUCCUCCUUUAUAUGAACCUUUGCCAAAAAAUGUCAAAUUUCGUUACAAUGGUGAAGUUAUGGAGCUUAGCCCUGAAGCUGAAGAGGUUGCAACGUUUUAUGCAAAAAUGUUGGAUCAUGAUUACACAAAGAAAGAAAUAUUCAAUACAAAUUUUUUUGAAGAUUGGAGGAAAGAAAUGACUUCAGAAGAGAGAAAAGUUAUUAAAAAGUUAGAAUUGUGUGAUUUCAAGGAGAUGGCUGAACAUUUUAAAAAGUUGUCAGAGGAGCGUAAGAACAUGACAAAAGAGGAAAAAAAUGUCAUCAAGGAGGCUAACCUACAACUAAGUGAAGAGUAUGGGUUUUGUAUGAUGGAUGGACACAAACAAAAAGUUGGAAAUUUUCGUAUUGAACCUCCUGGAUUGUUCAGAGGACGUGGAGAUCAUCCAAAACAAGGAAAGUUGAAGAAAAGAGUAUCUGCGAAAGAAGUUAUCAUUAACAUUGGAAAGGGAGCAGAAGUACCUAAACCUCCUCCAGGAGAGAAGUGGAAGGCUGUGCAACAUGAUAAUACAGUGAGUUGGUUGGCUUGUUGGAUCGAGAAUAUUGCUGGUAAUUAUAAGUAUGUUAUGUUAAAUGCAGCUACAAGAAUGAAAGGUGAAAAGGAUUGGCAAAAAUAUGAAACAGCUCGAAAAUUAAAGGAUAAUGUUGACAGUAUUCGUACACAGUAUAAGGAUGACUGGAAGUCAAAGGAGAUGAGGUUACGUCAACGUGGCGUAGCUAUGUAUUUCAUUGACAAGCUCGCUCUUAGAGCUGGUCACGAGAAAGAAGAAGGCGAAUCGGCAGAUACUGUUGGUUGUUGUUCUCUACGUGUUGAGCAUAUAAAAUUACAUCCGGAGAAAGACGACCAAGAAUAUGUUGUUGAAUUCGACUUCUUGGGUAAAGAUUCUAUUAGAUACACAAAUAAUGUUCCUGUUGAAAAACGGGUUUUUAAAAAUUUACAACUGUUCAUGCAAGGAAAGCAGGCUGGAGAUGAUUUGUUUGAUCGGCUUUCGACUACUUCACUUAAUAAAUUCCUCAGUGAGCAGAUGCCUGGAUUAACCGCUAAAGUAUUCCGUACAUAUAACGCGAGUAGCACUCUUCAACAACAAUUAGACGAACUUACGGAACCGGGAGCUAGCGUAACGGCGAAGUUUUUACAGUAUAACAGAGCUAACCGUGCUGUUGCUAUACUAUGUAACCAUCAACGUGCAGCACCGAAAACUUUUGACAAACAAAUGGAGAAUCUAGUUGCUAAGCUCAAAGAUAAAAAGAAAGCCAUAAAGAAUACAAAGAAAGAAAUCAAGAAUUACAAACGUGAAUAUCACGAGCAAGGUAAAAGCGAGCGAGUGAAAAACUUGAUUGAAAAAAAGAAAAAGCAGUUACAACGUCUGGAAGAACAGUAUUUCAAAUUAGAAGUUAAUAUGACAGAUAAGGAGGAGAAUAAAGAAAUAGCGUUGGGAACAUCUAAGCUGAAUUAUCUAGACCCUAGGAUAUCUGUGGCUUGGUGUAAAAAGCAUGAAGUACCCAUCGAAAAAGUUUAUAACAAAACGCAACGACAAAAGUUUCAAUGGGCUAUCGAUAUGACGGAAGCCGACUUUGUUUUUUAGCUAUUUUUAAUCACUAUGCAUUAAGCUUUUUAUAAUUAUUAACGUGUCAAAACCCUUUCAUUAUCGUUUCCUUAUCUGAUCUACUAUGCUUUUUUCCGUCUUUCUUAAAGGCAUCUAGUUUUUGAAAGAAAAACUAUAAAUGGAACUAACUACACAAUGAGGUUAAUAGCCGUCCUUGAUUCUCAAUAAAGUGGUGUUAAGGAAAGUUUUUAGUAUAAAUAUCAAUUUUAUCUGUUUAAUUUAUGCAUGUAGUGAAUUUAUAAGUUAUUACAAUAAAAUUGUGUGUAAUAUGGUAGUUAUUCGGUUUAGUCGCUUUUUGAGUCUAAUGCAAUUUUAGCAGCUUUAAGUGUCCUUGUAUGAAUUCGUUUUCUCAAUAUGUAGUGUACAGUAGUAGUAUUGCGAACAAAAUUAUAGGUAAUGACA